CCCCCCCCCCCCCCACUUCUCUCUGUCUGUCUCCUCACGGAGCCGCAGGGCGAGCGGCGCGGCCGGGCCGGACCCUGCGGGGCCCAGCGCCGCCUCGGACCGAGGAGAGGAUGGCCGUGACCCUGGAGCGAGCGCGGCGGCUGGGCUGCACCUGCCUGAAGGCGCUGCUCAGGUUCGCCUUCAUGGUCGCAAACAACCUGGUGGCGAUCCCGUCCUACGUCCUGUAUCUAAUCGUGCUGCAGCCGCUCCGGGUGCUGGACAGUAAAAGCUUCUGGUACAUCGAAGGAGUGUUAUUCAAGUGGCUCCUAGCCAUGGUGGCGUCCUGGGGCUGGUGGGCAGGAUACACGGUAGUGGAAUGGGGUGAUGAUGUUAAAGCAGUAUCAGAAGAUGAAGCCAUGGUGCUGGUGAACCAUCAAGCAACGGGCGACGUCUGCACUCUGAUGAUGUGCCUUCAGGAUAAAGGCACGGUUGUCCGUCAGAUGAUGUGGCUGAUGGAUCAUAUUUUUAAGUAUACAAACUUUGGCAUUGUGUCUCUAAUCCAUGGAGACUUCUUCAUAAGACAGGGAAAAGCACACCGUGACCAGCAGCUUGUGUUACUCAAGGAACAUCUAGAAAAAUAUUACAGGAGCCGCAGUCGGAAAUGGAUUGUUUUAUUUCCAGAGGGUGGCUUUCUUAGGAAAAGGAGAGAAACAAGCCAGGCAUUUGCCAAGAAAAACAAUUUGCCAUUUCUUAAACACGUCACCCUGCCGAGACUUGGGGCAACACAAGUGAUUCUGAAAACGCUUGUAGCGCCACAAGAAAAUGGAACUCCAGCAGGUAGAGACGCCGUGAUAAAAGAGAGCAAAUCAAAAGGCCUACAGUGGGUGAUAGACACCACCAUUGCGUAUCCCAAAGGUGAUCCUAUAGACAUCCAAACUUGGAUUCUUGGUUACCGGCAACCAACAGUUACACAUGUACAUUACAGGAUUUUUCCAGUUAAAGAUGUACCUGCAGAGCCUGAAGCUCUUACAAACUGGCUAUAUCAACGAUUCAUUGAAAAGGAGGAUCUCUUGACACAUUUCUACGAAACAGGAGCUUUUCCUCCACUGCAGGGUCAAGCAAAAGCUAUUUCUCGUGAGAUGACGCUCAGUAACCUGUGGCUAGUCGGCAUACAAUCACUUGCGUUUUUGUCAGGCGGUAUGUGGUACUGCAUCUUACAGUAUUUUUAUCAUUGCCUAUUUUAAAAGUGGAAUGUGACCUAAGGACACAAUGGGAAACCAGGCUCUUGCAAAUGAGUGUCAUGUUGUAUGUGCAAAUGUGAGUAUUCAAGAGUAAAGGAAAAUACUGGACGGACUCUUACCUCUCUUUGUGGAAAUUUUAAACUCCGCUAAAAGUGAAGAUCAGUAACAUAGUGACCUGAUGAUGUAUUAUUUUAAAAGAAUUGUCUGUAUUUUUAAAACAAUGUAUACUCUCACUCACACUUAAGCAAAUUGAACAUUUGAACAAAAGGUGCAAUCGUACAACCAUCGUAGAAGAAUGUCUGUGACAAGAAAGCUCUGUCACCACAAGUAUUUCUUGGCAUUGUAGUUGAAGCUCAGAAAAUUCAGCAACUUGUCUCUUCAGUAGUCUGUACAGCAUUGGUGUGGUAGAGAUUCCUCAUUUGCACAAACUUGUACUUUAUCGCAACUCAUUGUGCUGGAGUCAAAGAUACCUGACAGAGCUGGUGGCAGUAUCUUUGCAGCUACACAGUCAGCAGUUGUUGUAUUAGACACAUUGAUCUAAAACCAAGACCUAAGUGAGGUCCAGCGUUGGGUGUGUUUUGUGAGGAGUCAGUCCUCAAAAAAAGCAUUGCAGCAUCAUAGUGUGGUUAAAAGCUAUCCACAUUAGAUAAAUCGGCUCAUCACUGCUGUGGUCUUACCGUCAGCUCUCUGAAUUCCAUGUGCUACUAGUAUCUCAUAUUAUGAGGAAAUUUGGAAAUACAAAGUUACUUGGUUUGUUUUCCCUACUUGUUCAGAAUGCAUCUUAAAUUAUCGGUUUUCAAAAAGCACUUUUAAACGUGAAAAUACAGUGAAGGAAGGACAUAAAACUUAGGGAGUAAGGGAAAGCUUUAUUUGUUACGCACUGGAAGCCAGAGCAGUUCUACCUAUUCCUGAAGGUCUUCUGGUGCUGUUGGUGAUUUUUAGCCACCUUUGUAUUUUGUAUACUGCAGUCCAACCAAGGUGACCUUGGAGGGGUUUAUAGAGGCCUUUUUCUCUCCGCUAGUUGCAACAGCACUAACUACACUUGUGGGAGAGUUUAAAUAAUUCAAUGCCAACCAUCUUAAUGUUUUGUUAAGGAGUAAUAGAAGAAAAACUAGUUUCUUAAAAAGAAAAAAUAGAUGUAAUUGCUAUCAUAAAUCUAUAGGAAGAUGCUACUGAAAAAGAAAAGUAUGUUAAAUACUCUGCAUAACUGCGUGGAGGGCAGUAUUAAUUAGCUCACCACUGUGCUAAAAUCUUGCUGGAAGAAGGGUGAGUUUAAUUUAAAGGCAAACUGGGAAUAGAAGACACUCAGAUGUGUAAGAUAAGAUACUUUUGGAAGGACAUCUAUGAUGUAUGAUCUUACUUCUGGCAGGUCUAGUUGGCAUCAUGUUUGUGUGAUUAUACACAGAUUUGAGAGAGCUGUUCCUAAAAUAAAACUAAUCUCUCUAAAUACAGGCAGGAUAGCCAGAACUUCAGUUGUUGGCAUACUGCCUUUCACAGAGUAAUUUUACUGAGAACAAAAUAAGCCCUCAGUAGUUUUGGCUCUGCGUCAGCAAUAUUGAUCCCCUCUUCUUUCCCGCUCUCCUGCUACAUGAAUCACAGUGGGUGGUGUGCAGAAUACAAAACCUAGCCAGUGUUUGCUUUGCUGGGGGAGCUGAGAGCAUACCAAAUCAUGAGGCAAUGCUAAUUUCCCUGACUUAAUGGAAAAAUACUUAGUCAAAUAUGCCAUCCCUAGCUCAGUGGGGAUGGCUUCAAAAGGAUGCGCCACAGUAAGCUCCCCUGAACUGAAUCCUCUCUGGAACUUAAAGGAACCACUGCAGCUGGGAGGCAAAGAAUGGUGGUUGCCUACAGCUUAACAUUGCCUAUGGUUUUAGGUAAGGUAAUGUUUCUAAAUUUCAUCUUUUUACUCCCAGUCACACACCUGAAUUCUGAUGUAAGGUAAAAUCCAUUUAAAAAGAGGUACUCUCUGAAAGGGCAUCAGUGUUGGUAGUACUUUUUUUUUCUUCCUAUUGCUCUCGCUAGAGUACAACUGAUGGAAUGAAUGUAUUUAAUCUGCCAUUUUACAAGAGGGUGUUUGUGGCAGCCCAGCACUAUUACUGUGUAAGUGGUUGUUUGCUGCACGUGGGCAUAAACGGACUCUUAAAAAUGCAAAAUGCAGAUGGCAAGCUACUCAUUUCUGUCCUCCACCAGGUGGCUUGAUAAGAACCAUGGAGGUGCCCGUAGUACAGCUGGUUUUAUUUUGAGCUAGGACAGAGUGGAGUGAUAUAAAAAGGGAAGUUUAUAUAAGCAGAUUGCACAGCAGUAACUCGCAUCAGGAUGUUGUUCUUUAUAGACCCUGCGAACUUCAUGUCAGAGCAUACUGUUUUUUUUCAAAUGCAGUGUGUUUUUUUUUCCAGUGGAUUGCAGUCAAUAGUGAGUGUUCACAUGCUGCCUAAAGAAAUAAGUUAUGCACAAUACUGUUUCAGAUAAUAAUUUGAUUUAUCUGGUCCUGUUCAUUUUCAGUUUGUUCCUCUGUAGUUCGUAUUAUUCUGAGACAUUGUUUUCAGGCACUGAUUGUUGUUUCAAUAGGGUGAGUAAAUAGUACUAGUUCUUAGGUUUCUUUCCUGCCUGCACUGGAAAAUGUGAAGAGAGCCUGAUGUUGUGUCUCCUUACGGCUGAGUUGCUGUAGAUAACAGUGAGAUGAAACCGUUGUUCAGAAACUCCGAAGUACCCUCCCAGCAUGAUCUUGGAUGCUGCUUCAUCAAAGAGAAUAAAUUGGCUAAAAGAAAUUUCUCUAUUAAAGGAAAAACAUAAGUAGUAUACACAAUGUAGGAAGAUUAAAAUACCCAUGCUGGUCAAGACUGUUUGGAGCUUAGCAGGCUAGUUUGUAAAAUGUAAACUCCUGUCGGUUAAAAGUUCGGUUCUACCUUCUGGCAGUGGCCAGUGUUACAGCUGCAGUGGGCAUUAUCCAUGGGUUUCUUCUUCUGAAGAGCUCAGAAUGCUUUUGGUAGAAAAUUAUGUUAAUGAACCACGCAGUUGAUGACAAAAUGGUUAAUAUAACUUUGAAUUUAUAUUGGGAGAAAUAAAAUGGAAGAAUGUAUGCAGUGAUAUGGAACGAAAAAAUCACAGAAAGCUGUUGCGAACAGAAGUGAGAGCAUAGCAAUUUCAGUGUAUUGCAAAUAAAGAUGGUUCUCUGCCAGGGUUGCACACACAAAACAUCUGUGUGUUUCUAUGUUUAAUUGUUCAUAAAGAAGGUGUUACGGUUGUAACGAUGCAAGUCUUGAUGGUUUAGCAUUACUACUCUUCGAAUCCUGUUACACGAAGAGUAUCUGCCCAUCCGCAACGCAUGGUUUUUGUUUCAGUGCCCUUUGGUGAGUGCGCCUUCCUUACAGGUUCUUGAGUAUUUUAUGUACCAUUCGAUCAAGCUUCUCAACAGCUUCUGCAGGAGGAAUUUUUUUUUUUUCUAAGUUUCUCUCAUUGGAUCUUGAAAAGCAAGAUUUCAGUUUACCGUGCUCAGUGGAAAAACUGAAAGCUUCCUUCUCCCUCCACCACUCCCAGAAUCCAAAAUAAGAUGCCUCUUAUUGCAGUAAAAAUACAAUGAUCACUGUGGGACUGUUCAUUAUUCACUUCGUUUGCAAACGAUGUAACUUUCUUUUGUCUGACACUGCCAUGAAGUGCUGUUAACUUUUCUCACCUGUUUGUACAAGAUAAAUACAGAUACCGAUCACUGUGUGUGACAGGAUUCAACUGCUCCACUUUGCCUUGACAUAAAAUUUUGGGACCAAAGGUACUUAAAGCUGGGAUUUCCAAACUGUGAGACCAGGGUUGGUUGCGUUCUCUUGUUAGUCAGCUGGAGAUUUUGUGGUGAUCCAAUACAAUCACACAAAAUAACUAUACAUCUGGGGUACUGUAUUGUUUGGAAAUAAUGGAGCCAUAUGAAAUAAAGGAUUAUUUUGCAAAAUCGCAUAUUUGAUAGUUUUUACACUUUUUUUAACAUAAAACAAUUGGAAGAGCAAAAUUGAAACCAUACUCUGUUUUAAAGUGUCUGCAUACAUUAUGAACACUUCUAAGCAGCUUUAUUUUUUCUGUAAAACCUGCAGACUACCUGGCUGUGAUACAAAAAAAAAAAAUCUUUAAAAGGAUUCUAUGCAUUUUAAAGUUAAACCUUUUAUUUUAUCAUUGGACAGUGAAGUAACUAUACACCAAGCAGAUGUCCUCUUGAAGUGAGUUAGUUCCUUAAAAUUACUGUACAAUGGUGUUCAUUUUGUAUGAUAUAUGAUAAUUUGUGUUCUUGAUACCAGUUACUUUCACCUCUAAUUUUCUCAUCACCUCCCAUGUUACCUGCAUUUUUGUUUUGUAUGGUAAAAUGGAUACAGAAGCCUGUAGCGAUGCUCAAUGACUUUGACCAAUUUCUGGUCGUGUUUGGAAUUAUUUUAUUGGCUUUAUUUCAUUGAGGUUUUCUUAUCAAAUCUUUCCAGCAGCCAAGAUGUCUUUCAGAAAUGUAGACAGAUACCAGAAGCAGCGUUUCUCUGCAGAGAAUAUUAGAUGUCUUUUCCCAUUAUUUUGUGUGUGUGGCAAAAAUAAAGUUGUUUUUUUUCAUGAUUAUUUCAUGUGCUUCUAAUCAGUAAUGGAUGAGGUUUUCUUUGGUUGUAUUUAUUAUGCUUCUGUCUAAUAGAUACACAAUUUCUGUUGUGCAUACCAUAAACACAACAAAUAGCAAAAUAACACUAUACAAUUGCAGUAUUAAUUUGUGAUAGAUAGCAUUGCUUAUUAGAGCUCUCAUCAGGAAGGACAGAGAAUAUUUCUAUGCCAGAAGUGGCAAGGGGAGGAGUUGGAGCAGUUGAGAGGAGAGGUGACAGCAGCUUCCAUAGUCCUUGCUUGCUCCAGCACCCUGUGGAGACUGCUGGUGCUCAGGCUGCAGACUUUCUCCACAGGCCACUGUGUAGCAAUGAUUCCCCUUGAAGUUUCUGAGUGUUGAGGGCAGAACAAGAGCAGAUCUUGGGCCUCCAUCAACCCUGGAUUGCCACCAUCUUAGAAAAGAUGUGAAUCCAACCUUUCUGCAACAAGGCUCUAGUCAUUUUGUAGAUACAUAUAUUUUUUUUAACAGAGCUCUGUUUUUAAACAACUUCAGCUGCGCAAAGCAAUAUCAAGUGAAACAGCACUGUUCAUUCUGUGGCCCUGGCAUCUCUUGCUAACGAUCAAUCUUGGCUCCAUGUCACCUUUCGUGUUAGCUGCCGGUGUCUGAUACUGCAACACAUAACAAAGGAAAAA